CGCGUUCCGCCAUAUUGGCGUUGUCGGGUCGAUUUGUGGAAGUGCUCCGAUAUCUGAUAUGGUUUAUGUGUCAAAGUUCCAGCAUCCCUUGGUAUUCAAAUCCAGCCGCAGCCAGACCAUCUCCAAAGUACUCGCAACGAUCAAUUUCGGCCUCCAAUGAGCGACAAAGAGAAUUCGGGAGAUCUCCUUGCACCCGGAGCUUGAAUGACGUUCACCUACGCCGGGAUGCAUAGGUUACUUAGUUAUAUUUCGGUUGCGAUGCCAGUCGCCUCAGCGCAGACAACCGUUCGUUUCGACGUCCAGUCCUCCAAUGGGUUCUUUUUUACUAAAGAGAGAGGGGCGUUCAUCUUCAAUAUUUGUGAGAAGUCUCCGCGGGGUUUGGUACCUCCGACACCUCAACAUAGACGCAGCAACACAAAUCCACGAUCACUAAUCGAUUCUCGAGCCAACGCAGUGAUUAUUUAUGAGAUAUUUCAGUUUCCGUAAAGCCCAUUUCAAUCAUUCUAAAUGUCAUCUUCAUACCGUGGAGUUUUUGAAUAAUAUUCUGGAUGUCUCUUACUUGAUCAGAGGCAUUCAUAGGUAAAUGGCCCCUAGUACGCCAUUGCCAUAGAUUGGUAAAGAGGUCUGAUAUUGAGGAAGGUCUUUUCCAACCACUUGUUGUCAAUUUAAAAUCUGUGGAAUUGUUGUCUCAUAUCUACUACCUCGGUCUUGCAGAAAGGCCAAGUGGGUAACUAUCAACGCCGUUCGAUGGUGAGCUCAUCAUUGUCAGAUCACGGAUCGUGCUGAACAAUCUUUCUCCGACUCAAUGCCAACUUGAGCCCCGCAACAUUCCUAAUCCAUGUAAGGUAUACUUCUGUAUAGCAGGAUUUCGAAUAAUUUCGCUACCUCUGUCAUAGUCUAUAACUGGGCCCGGGCUCAGCUCCAAGUCACCAGAGAAAGAAGUCGAGAUGGGUCAAGGGUGCGAA